GGAUGUCCAAUCAGAUCUAGGAACCUCCCACCAGAGGAGUGUGCUCCGUUGCAGGGAGCCCCAGGUUUUCAUUUGCAUCCGACAUUCCUGCUCUGCUUCAUUAAAGUUGGCUUGGUAUUAUUUGUGGGUCCAAAUCACUGUACCUGGGCUCAAAAGAAAUUACAUUUAAGGUUUGUGGAGUAUCACUGAGGCGUUUUUUUGUCGGAGUCAUAUCAGACUGAAAUGGAUGAAGGCAGCAUCAGGAAGAGGAAGGAGUCUCAAAACGGCUCCACCGGCCACAGCAUGGACUGUCAAACUAAAGACAAGCAGCCUGAGAAGGCUACUGUGCUUCAAAAAGAUGUUGGUCUAUUCAGUGGCAUCUGUCUGAUUGUGGGGACAAUGAUUGGCUCGGGCAUCUUCAUUUCUCCAAAGGCUGUUCUGCUGUACUCUGGAGCUGUGGGACCCUGCCUCCUCAUCUGGGCUGCCUGUGGCGUCUUAUCUACUCUGGGGGCACUGUGCUAUGCUGAGCUUGGCACCAUGAUCACCAAAUCGGGAGGAGAGCAUGCGUAUUUAAUGGAAGCUUUUGGCUCCCUUGUAGCCUACCUUUACUCCUGGACCACUGUCAUGGUACUGAAGCCCUCCUCCUUCGCCAUCAUCACACUGAGCUUUGCUGAAUAUGCGUCCGCUCCUUUCUACCCUGGUUGUACUCCUCCUCUUGUUGUUACCAAGUGUCUAUCAGCAGCAGCUAUAUUCUUGAUCGUCACUGUCAACUGUCUGAGUGUCAAACUGGCAAACUAUGUGCAGAACUUCUUCACUGCGGCCAAACUUCUCAUCAUUCUUGUUAUAGUGGGAGCUGGCAUCGUUAUGCUGGCACAAGGGAAAACUGAGACUUUGUCAAAUGCUUUUGAUGGGACGUCAUCGUCUGUUGGAGCAAUCGGACUUGCAUUUUAUAAUGGGUUUUGGGCUUACGAUGGAUGGAAUCAGCUGAAUUUUAUUACAGAAGAACUCAAAGACCCAUUCAGGAACCUGCCACUGGCCAUCCUGAUUGGGAUCCCUUUGGUAUCUGUGUGUUAUGUGUUGGUCAACGUUGCUUACUUCACUGUUAUGACCACCAGUGAACUGCUGUUGUCUCCAGCUGUUGCUGUGACUUUUGGAGACAGAGUCCUUUACCCUCUGUCAUGGAUGGUUCCUCUCUUUGUUGUCUUCUCUACAUUCGGCUCUGCCAAUGGAAGCUGCUUCACCGCUGGCAGAUUGGCCUAUGUGGCUGGUAGAGAGGGUCACAUGGUGAAAAUCUUAUCCUACAUUAGUCUGAAGCGCUACACUCCAUCCCCUGCUCUCCUAUUCAAUGGUGUUUUAUCUGUUUUCUACAUUGUCCCAGCAGACAUCAACACCCUCAUUAACUAUUUCAGCUUUGCUCAGUGGGCAUUUUAUGGUCUGACAGCACUGGCUCUCAUAGUCAUGCGCUUCACCAGGAAGGAUCUCCACAGACCAGUAAAGGUGCCGAUUGCCAUAGCAGGCCUGAUGGUCCUGGUGUCCUGCUACUUAGUCCUGGCUCCCAUCAUUGAUAAGCCAGACCUGGAGUACCUCUACUGUACGAUCUUCAUAUUCAGUGGACUUCUCUUCUACUACCCUUUUGUUUACCGGAAGGUCAACUGGGCACGCAAACUCAUGAGACCCAUCACCAUGCAUCUCCAGCUGCUGAUGGAAGUAGUUCCUCCUGAGAAAACCGAAUGAGAGCGGACUGAACUUACAACCAGGUCAACUCCUGUUGCUUGUCGUGAAACACGUCGAGCCUUGUAUUGGAAACAGUGGACUAGAAAUUUGGGUGCUCUGAGUAGGUGUGAGCCAAACAUCAGAGCUCAUCUCUGCUGAAAAGCUGCAUGACAAAAAUAAAAGGGGGAUGAUGAACCCUUUUUACCAGGGUAAGAUAAAAAUCAUCAUUUAGGUUCAGGGAUGAAAAAAGAGGAUUCAUGUUUUUAGAGUGUCCAUAUCUGCUCUAGCUAUAAGAAUAGCUAGGACAGAUAUAGUUAUGUAAAAAAAUUUUUUUUUAAAUGACCAUAUUCUCAUGAUGUCUUUCCCCACAUGAAGAAAUAAAUCAACUUUCCUGUGAUGAUAGUUAAGCUACAAUUGGAGGAUGUUGGGUAGGAUUUUACUUUGAAAUACACAACCUUUUUUAUAAUAAAUAUAAUCUGCAGUUCUAGGAAGUAUUAUGCAAUCAUAUUAAACAUUUUUCAUGUAGUUAAUGUGCAAUAAUGUUUUCACUGUGCCAAAGAUCAUGGGAUGUAAAGAAGAUUUAGAUAUGCAUGACUCUGCACUUAAGGAAAGGGAAAUGGAUUGUGGAAACCAACAUGAAAGCUCAGCAGAUCGUGAACAACAUGUGAAAACAUGUUUAUUCAUGUUGCUCCUGAGGUUGUAAAUGGAAAGUUUCUUUAAUGUGCACAUUG